AUGGUGCUUCGCCGUCAUCGCCGCGUCCGUAGGCUUAAACUCCCUCGUCAAGUCGAAUCAGUCCCAGAGUCACUUGAAAAAGUUGGCUACGGCGCCUACGGUUACAUAUUCGACGUAGGCGUCCUAGCAACAACGUCAUCAACACUAAUCUCGAUACUCACAUUCAACUACAUCGUUCCCCUUCUUCUUCCUUCUCCUUCUCCCUCUUCAUCCUCCUCCUCUUCUUCCCCAUCGUUCUUCGCUAAACUCCGUGUGCUCUCAACAAAAACCCUCCGCAUCCAAGCAUACUCCCUUUUCUUUUGCUGCUUCGUCCUUUUGGCAGCAAUGAUCCCAUUCAUGCUGUUCUUCGCUACGCGCGAGGCCGUCGUUCGUGCGUUCGUGGGGGCGCUGGAAUUGCCUAAGGAGGUGGUUGAUAAGGUUUCGGCUGCUAGUGGGAGUACGCCUGUGUAUAGCAAGAUUGACUACAUCAGACUAGUAGCCAUCUUCCCAUGGUUCUCACUCUUCUUCACCUUUAUCGCGGCGGUUGUCUUGCUCAAAGCAGACAAGGUGGCGCGCGCCGCUGCCAUUGUGAAUGCUAACCUUGAGACGAGCGAUGAGAAGGCGAAGUCGGAGGCGAGCGAUGAGAAGGAGACAGAGUCGCGUCUCGAGAAGUCUUAUGACAUUCCUAAUACCAAAGUUAACACGACGGGCGACGAUUUCAACCAUAUGUAUGCGUUUGUACGAGUAGUACCAACUUUGCUUACCAAGUUCCUGCAUAUCGGAAAAAUCUGUCCCUUUUCACUGGCCAUGUGGGGACCCAUCUAUCGACCAAGUCCAAUGUUUCGCAUCGAUCGUCUUCCACCCCCUCGAAACGGGGGACUAAUGGGUCUUCAAGUCGGAGCGUUUGCUCGAAAGCGGCAAGCAAAACCUUCCGGCGCUUCCCACGCCGGGCCGUCGUCUUCGACUUCGACUACUGACACGGUGAAGGACUCUACGAGGAUGAAGCUAUUUUGCUGGAUCCUCGACAAGAGCGAAAGCUCUUUUCCUGUCGACGUCGCACACGACGACACAGUGGACGACCUAAAAAAGGAAGUUAUGAAGACGAAUUCUCAUGCACUUGCUGGUCUUGACGCUGUUCAACUUACCAUCUAUAAGGUUUCCAUCAAGGUAACCAAAAACCUUAAAAAUGAAGUCAGCAAAUAUCAGUUGGUAGAAGACGAUUUUCUCCUGGAAUCGGACAUAUUAUCGGACGCCUUUCCUAAUCCUGUCCAAGGCUACCUCCAUGUUGUCGUGCAGAUUCCGUUCGUUGGUCCAGGCAAACGCAAGCCUGGUGAACCGGCCGAAGGUGUUCACGAUCGCUUGAAGCGAACUAGACUGGCCACAAUGACUCCCUCAGAUGCGGGUGAACCAUCGUUAUAUCUGAAUCUUCAAAAUGAUCCCUCUGAGAAGAUCCUGGAUGACCGACCACACCCCGAUGCUGACAUCCCACCUAUCCCACUUCUUUAUGACGGAUUUGGUCACUUUUUAAAUGUUAUGGCCGGUCAUGAUGAUGUCCCUGGGCUCGCUGAUGUUCAGGUUCGGGAAUUGCACGAUGCGGUGGAUGAUUUUGCAUCCAAAAUGACAGGAUACUUCGGCCAUGAAGAUGAGCGGGGGGAUGUAGGCCUAAACUGCCUUAACAAGAUUUUUGCAGCUCGUAGAGCCACCCCGAUUCCUGCGAUUUCCAGCGCUGCCAUCGGUUCUAUCAGAUCCGACGGUCACAAUAUUGCGAUUCAUGGCUCAGGGACCAUGGGUGUAGAGUUCAAAAAUUCGAUCGCCGGAAUCAAUUCACUCCCCACAGUCGAGCUUACAGGCUACGUCGCGCGUUUAGUUUCAAGAAUGGAUCAACAAAUCUAUGAAGGAUGGAGGGUACCUUGCCUCGGCUUGACAAUCGUUGGAUGUGACAUCACGUUCUAUGCAAUCAUCGCCAUUGACCAUCGUUUCCGGAUUAUUGCCCUGACACCAACUUUCUCCUGCAUUGCGUCAGCUUCGGAUGGUCGGGAUCGCACUUGUCUCUAUUCCGCCUUUGUGGCCUCAUCUGUGUUGCAAGCUUGUCUUAUCCAGGAUGCCACAACAAUUUCGAGGAACCCGGCUGCCAUAAUUCCUACUCCUGCUCGUCUUUUUCCUGCGGUCACCAGACUACGCAGCUACCCCCCAUCUAACCAAUAUUUCAGCUUUGAGAUCCAAAGUUUCUUUCCUGAAAGGCUACCCAACUGCCUUUUGUAUGUCGCAGAGACGCCAGGUCCCGACAAGCAACGUGUCGUCAUCAAGUUUGCUCGAAAGUAUUCGAUCGAGUUGCACGAUUUUUGCGCCAGAUUAGGUCAUGCUCCGGCCAUCUAUGCUUUCGAGCGACUUCCUGGUGGGUGGUGUGCAGUAGCCAUGAGAUAUGUGAAGUCUGCCACGCCGAUCACUCACAGCCCACUGCUGCCAACUCACCGACAGCUUUGGGAGGGUCAGCUUCGGGCCCUCAUGAAAAAAUUUCACGAUCAGGGUCUCUGUCAUGGUGACUUGCGGAGUCCAAACAUCGCCUGCGAAGGUCAAUCUGUAAUGUUGCUCGACUUUGAUUGGGGAGGUAAAGAAGGAGAGGCAUGUUAUCCUACAUGGAGGCUCAAUGAGGAGUUGCUUGCGGGUAGGGUCAGUGAAGACCUGAAGAUCACCAAAGACGAUGAUCUGCGGGUGUGGCUGCCGUGGUACAUGAUAUCUUCUACUCUCUUCUUCUUGUUGUCUCCGUGA